AUGUCUCUCGUCGGACUCUACAAUGGGGUGCUACUCUUCAGUAACCCCUCCUGGAACGGCGCCGGCACCGUCCCUGUCUCCCUCAUCCGCAACAUCACCGACGUUGCUCAGGAUCUGGGAUACGAGCAGCAUCUCAAAAACAACCUCACCACGCUCUCGACAAACGGUGCCCAAACCCUCAACGGCGUCAUCCAAGGCCUCCUCUACGUCCCCGACAUCUCCACCGUCGCCUCGUGCAACGCUCAGCAGUACGACUUCAUCCCCCACAACGUCACUCGCAGAGCCCAACUCCCGCCCGCGAAUUAUAACCUCAUCGCCCUCGCCCCCUGGUUCAGCAUAGACUGCGUCCAGGCCUACCUCGCCUCGGCCCGUCUUGAUCCCAUUCGCGCCUUCAUCUUCUACAAGCCCAACAACUCGACCGAUAAGCCCCAAGGUCCCGACUCGGCCGUAUGGAAUCUCGACGACGGCGGCGCCUGGAAGGAAUCCAGGUUCCCUAUCUUUGCUAUUCCAGGCAUCGAGGGCCAGCGUAUGAUGACUCAACUGAGUCUCUACUCCGGAACCGCCGACACCGUUCCCCACGGCGCCGAAAUCAUGCAGCGAUACGGAACAAGCCAAAGAGACUACGUCAGAAUCUGGGCCCAGCUCACCAUGAAGGGUCAAGCCAGCCUACCUUCACUAUGGGUCUAUUUUCUUAUAGUUAUUGGCGCCCUCCUCUUCAUUGUCGCCUCCGUAUCGCUCACCAUGCAUUUCUUCCAGCGCCGCCGCCGCACUUCUUUGCGCAAACGUGUCGAGUCUGGCGAAGUUGAUCUUGAGGCCAUGGGCAUCAAGCGAUUAACCGUCCCCGCGUCCCAUGUCAAGGAUUUCCCGCUCUUUACUUACACUAGCCAACCCGAGCUCGCACACGACCUCGCAACCCCCUCUUCCGAGGUCACCGUGACUAUGCGAUCCGGCAAGGGUAAGAAGAGGCGCAGAGGCGACCGCCAUAGCAACUCAUCUGCUACCGUCGUCUCGGAAGGCGUCCAGACCUUGCGUAGCCAGCGCUCUGCUGUAACCGGAAAGGCUGACACAACCGCCACCAACUUCCAACCACAGUGUCACAUCUGCCUCGUCGAGUUUGAAGAUCGUGCUAGUGUCAUCCGCGAACUGCCAUGCCACCACAUCUUCCACCCGAUCUGCAUCGACGAGUUCCUUCUCCGCAACAGCUCGCUCUGCCCCAUGUGCAAGCAGUGCAUGCUGCCGCCGGGCUACAGUCCCAAGAUCACCAAUGGCAUGGUCCGCCGCGAGCGCGCCCUUCGCAAGCUUCGAGAACGAGUCGAUUUUGACGACUCUUCUAUUGAAUCUGGCGACGUCAAGUACAAGGGAUGGAGCAAGCCAGGCUGGGGAAAGCGCUUUUUCCACUCGACGUCCUCGUCGGGUGAGACUCGGGACAUUGAGCUCGAGAAGCGACAACCAUCGCCGCCUGAGCGCCCCAGCGGAGAGGACUCCACCGGACGGCCUGGAAAUGGGAGCGAUGAGAGCCCUGGAACUGGAGCCCAGGAAGCGACCGCGACGACGACGCCGACGCCGACAGCCGUGCCACCGGCGACACAACCUGCUGUCCCGCAGCCGGCUGUUUCUGCCCCGCCUCCGAAGAAGACCCGCGCGCGCAAGUCCAAAGCCCGACCCUUGCAUGUUCUGCCCACGCAGCCCGAAGGCGCAGAACUUCGAACAGGGUUUGCCGGCUUUGUUGGCCGUAGCAGUCCGUCCUCGUUUGCGCGUGAGCGCAUGCGAGAGAUUGCUAACCAGAAUGCGCCGUUUGAUGAUCCCGACCAAUCGCGGCCCAAGUGGCGCCGUGCGGUCACAAAGGUCUUUCCGGGGUUAUAG